AUGGAAGAGCCAGAAAAGCCGCCGGGCCUCUUAAGCUCGUCAGCCCCUAGCCCAGGCUCAUCAUCAUGCGAGGAAGCGAUAGAAACUGCAGAGAAAAAAGCGCCCGGCUUCAAUGACGACGAUCUCUCUUUCGACCACGGUUGCAAAGCAUGGUUGCAAGUGCUUGCCUCCUUUCUAUUCUUUUUUGAUACAUGGGGUAUCGUAACGGCCUUUGGUGUCUUCCAAACGUACUACGAGCAGGCCCUACUCGCCCACGAGUCCCCAUCAACCAUUUCAUGGAUCGGAUCUGUACAGUCCUUCCUCCUUCUUUUCGUGGGAGCGGUGACGGGCCCGCUUUUUGAUGCUGGAUAUGCCCGACAACUGUUGAUAGCUGGCUCAUUCCUGGUUCCCUUCGGAUUAAUGAUGACCAGCAUAGCCACCGAGUUCUGGCAAUUCCUUUUGGCACAGGGCUUCUGCGUUGGACUUGGCUGUGGAUGCCUGUUUGUUCCCUGUGUGGCUAUUAUCCCCCAGUAUUUCAAACGGAAGAAGGCUUUUGCAAAUGGUGUCGCCGCAACCGGUAGCGGCGUUGGCGGCGUCAUAUACCCAAUUAUGUUUCGCCAGCUACAGCUGAGGAUUGGAUUUGCCUGGGCGACGCGAGUUCUGGGCUUCGUAGCCUUUGUGACACUCGUACUUGCCUGCUUUCUCCUAAGGGUUAGAUUCCAACCGACAGAAAAGCGUGCCUUGAUUCAGCUAUCAGCCUUCAAGGAACCUGUUUACGCGCUCUUCUGUAUUGCCCAACUCAUCGGGUUCUCUGGGCUAUAUAAUGUCAUGGUUUAUAUCCAACCAUACGCAAUCGACAAUCGCAUAGUGAGCGAACACCUCGCAUUCUACCUCCUUGCCAUGCUAAACACCGCCUCUGCUUGCGGCCGUAUCCUCCCCAAUUAUAUCGCCGAUUUCACCGGCCCUCUCAACGUGAUCGCUCCCAUGGCUCUCGCUUCAGGCAUUCUCGCGCUCAACUGGAUCGCAAUCCAUUCCUCCGGCGGAGUCAUCGCUUUAGCCGUUCUCUACGGCUUCUUUUCCGGCGGUUACGUCUCUAUUCCUCCAAUCGUGAUCAUGAAUAUCACCCCUGAUCUUCGAGACUUUGGUACCCGCUUGGGCAUGUCCUUUGUCUUCGUUGCGAUUGGCGCAUUGAUUGGGACCCCGAUCGGUGGUGCGCUGAUAAACCAUAUGGGAGGAGACUACCUGGGUGUCAAGAUAUUCGCAGGAUCGUGUUUGGUUUGUUCGGGUACCAUAAUGUGCGCUGCCAGGUUUAUACGAACGGGACCCCGUUUGCUUGCUCGAAUGUGA